AUGCCCGACCCCAGCGAGAAGAAGCGCAAGCGCAAUGCCGACAAGACCGACCGCCCCAGCAAAAAGGUUCAGAUUGACCAGCCCACCCGCCCCGUGAAGCUCGCCUUCCUCGACGACAGCGACCAGCUCGGCCCCGUCGUUGCUGCCACCCCCGGCGUCUCCUUCUCCUCCGAUCUCGCCCUCAAGCCCUACAAGAAAGAGAUCGACAAGCGCCGCUAUGAGCUCCUGCUGCAUUCCUCCGACCACCCCAAGCUCGAUUUUUCCGCGCGCCAGGAGCGCGAUGGCACUGCCGAGAGCCUGCUCAAGCACUAUGUCGGCGUGUACGAUCCUGAGACCGGCGCCCUCCAAGUCAUGGAGGCCCGGAAGCUGGUGCUGCGGAGCACCCUGAGAACCGAGGCCGAGGAAAUGCGCGCCCAGAGGGAGGCAGCCGCCGACCAGGAGCGCAAGACCAACUUCGCCCUUCGCCAAGACCUGGGUAGAGAAUUCGGUACGAAAAAGGCCAAGAAGGUUCUGGAUUCCAUCACCGAGAACGCAAUCAAUCCCACUGCUGGUGCUGCCGAGGGCAAGGUGACCGACUCUGUCGCCAAGGCCGUGUUGGAGUCCGUGACCGCCGCCACUGCCGACGCGCCCACCCGCGAAGCCUUGCAACAAGCCGUUGAUGAGAACAAGCCUCGCCCAAAGGCCAAUUUGGAGGCUACGACCCCGGCUGAAGUCUACCCGCUUGAUGUGCUUAUUGGUGGAGAUAACAUGCGCCUGAUCGAGGUCAAGGCCUGGCUUGAGUCUGUUGAGAAGAAGGAGGAUAUCAGGACGGAGAGCCUGUUUGUUGCCAAGAGGUUGGUGUCGGUUGGAUCGUCCAAGAACAUCAAGAAGUUGAAGGUGCUGAAGUACAUGUUGCUUCUCAUCGACUUCAUGGCCGCCUUGAAGCCCGCACGGAAUGGGGCAAAGAAGCUCCCGCAGAGGGCGGACCUGGAGAAGAAGACCAACACGAGUGGUGCACUAUUAGACGGUGUGAGGAGGAAAUUUGCCGACGGCAACGAACUGACCAAGUGGCACGUUGACUACCUGAUCACGCACGUCGCGGCACUAUCUCUCUAUGUCGAUAAUUUCGUCGUCGACACCUACGACAUACGUGAAGACCUCAGACUUGACAACAAGCACUCCGUCGUCCCAUACGACUCGCCUAAACAUCAUUAUCCUCACCUAUCUCGUCACACCUACGACGGCAUUGUCAUUUUUGCAAGUAGUCAGCAAGACACUGGUCUUGAGGGCAUUCUGUUCUCCCUUGUCUUUCAGGCGACACACCAAUGCCACGGAAUCCGUCAAGUCACUCCCACCACAGUUACUACCACGGCCGUCGCACGAAAUGGUCUCGACUGCGAGCCUAUUGCCGCAAACGAUGGAAUCGUACUUUCCGGAAGCCUGAACCCGGAUUGA